UCGAUGUCUCUUCACAGCUACCAACAGAGCAAAAACAAGCACAAAAAAUAAAAAACACAGCCAUGUAUUGUGAAUACGCUCCAAAUUUCUCUCUCUUUAGCUCUCUCUGAUUUUAGGGGCAGAGGGCAAAGAAGAGACUAGACGGACCGCCAUUCAAUAUGGCAAGGACUAGUCAUACUCGAAACGACCACAAUAGGGCUGGCACCUUCUUUUUAGCCACUCUUAUCCUGUGGUUUAUAUCAGUUUUGUUUGAGAUAUUAUUCAAUCAACGCAGAGAGCUCUAUUCGAUCAUUGCUGGAGCUUUCUUUUUCCAAAUUACCAAUUGGGCUAUUCGAUUUCUCGUCUCUCGUGACCCUCUCUUUGUUAAUACCUCUGUUUCUUUACUUCACUCCACUAUUACCUCUGUUUCAGUGGUUUUCAUUUUAGUCAAUCAGUAUUUAAAUGGUGCUUCAAAUGGGAUGUUUGAGCAUUCACAACUCGUUGGUGGUACUUGGCAGUGGGCGUAUCCCGCUUUGUGUUUCUCUUGUGGUUAUUUUGCUUAUGAUCAGUUGGAUAUGCUGCUUUAUCGAUUAUACAGUGGUUUGAUCCCUUCCAUUCUCAUGCACCAUCUGAUACUUCUCAUUUGCUUCACUCUGGCUUUGUAUCGAAAUGUCACUGUCAACUACCUUAUUCUCACCCUUAUUUGUGAGCUGCAUUCAAUCUUCCUACAUGUGAGAAAAGUGCGACGGAUGGCUGGUGUUCGGGAUGCUAAGAGCAACAUAGUGAAGUUGGAAUGGGUUCUUAACUGGGUCACUUUCAUUUUUGCAAGAUGUCUAUCUCACAUUCUCAUCACCAUCAAGCUACUGAGAGAUGCUUCCAAGUUUGAAAAAGGAGUGCAAUUGCCAUUUGCUCUGUUUGGGAUGGUUGGAAUGAAUUUGCUCAAUGCUGGUCUUGGCAUUGAUCUUUUUAAUGCAUUCAGAAGAGAGAGAAAUCCUCUGAGAAGUAGUCAUAACCAUCAGGAGUAGCAGCAGAAGACAGAAUGAAGGGCGAAAAAGGAGCAUGUGUAUCUUAAUUUGUUAUUCCUUGAUUUUUGGUUUGUUUGUUUAUAUCGUUUUGGGAAUUAAAUUGCUCUUAAAGCAAAAACAAAGAAAUGGACCAUGGCCUAUGCUAUAUUGUUAUGUGCCUCAUACUGGGCAAAUUGCAAGAAACACAAAAAAAGUUGCAUUUGACA